CAAUGGGCGCGCUCGGAGGAGCCGGGCUGGCGGCGGCGGCGGCCGGCCGGGCGCGCACUCUCGGGAUGGAGGGCGAGCGCCGGGCAUCUCAGGCGCGCUCCUCUGGCCUCCCGGCCGGGGGCGCCGACGCGGACAGCCCCGGGGGCGGCACCCCCUUCCCGGGCGGCGGCGGCUCCUCCGCCCUGCUGCAGGCGGAGGUGCUGGAUCUGGACGAGGACGAGGACGACCUGGAGGUGUUCAGCAAGGAUGCCUCAUUGAUGGAUAUGAACUCCUUCAGCCCUAUGAUGCCAACAUCCCCUUUAUCAAUGAUAAACCAAAUCAAGUUUGAGGAUGAACCAGAUUUAAAGGAUCUCUUCAUCACAGUUGAUGAACCUGAAAGUCACGUCACUACAAUAGAAACUUUUAUUACAUAUAGGAUUAUUACUAAGACAUCUCGUGGGGAAUUUGACUCCAGUGAAUUUGAAGUUAGGAGACGGUAUCAAGAUUUCCUUUGGUUGAAGGGAAAACUGGAAGAAGCACACCCCACUCUGAUUAUUCCACCAUUGCCAGAAAAGUUUAUGGUAAAAGGAAUGGUGGAACGCUUUAAUGAUGACUUCAUUGAGACACGCAGGAAAGCUUUACAUAAAUUUUUGAACCGAAUUGCUGAUCAUCCAACUUUAACAUUUAAUGAAGACUUCAAAAUUUUUCUCACUGCACAAGCUUGGGAACUCUCUUCUCACAAGAAGCAAGGUCCUGGAUUGCUGAGCAGGAUGGGACAAACGGUCAGAGCUGUUGCAUCCUCAAUGAGAGGAGUUAAAAACCGCCCAGAGGAGUUCAUGGAAAUGAAUAACUUUAUUGAACUAUUUAGCCAGAAAAUAAAUUUGAUAGAUAAAAUAUCUCAGAGAAUUUAUAAGGAAGAAAGGGAAUAUUUUGAUGAAAUGAAAGAAUAUGGCCCAAUUCAUAUUCUGUGGUCAGCAUCAGAAGAGGAUCUGGUUGAUAUUCUAAAAGAUGUUGCCAGCUGCAUUGACAGAUGCUGUAAGGCCACUGAAAAGCGGAUGUCUGGACUUGGAGAGGCUCUGCUUCCUGUUGUACAUGAGUACGUGCUUUAUAGUGAAAUGUUAAUGGGUGUUAUGAAAAGAAGAGACCAAAUACAAGCAGAACUGGAUUCCAAAGUUGAAGCUUUGACCUACAAAAAGACAGACGCUGAUCCGCUUCCAGAGGAGAUUGGAAAACUUGAAGAUAAAGUGGAAUGCGCUAAUAAUGCCCUGAAAGCAGAUUGGGAAAGAUGGAAACAAAAUAUGCAAAAUGAUAUCAAGUUAGCAUUUACAGAUAUGGCUGAGGGGAAUAUCCACUAUUAUGAACAGCAAUAGCAUCCCCCAUAAAGAAUUAAAAUUUGUCGAAAAUAACAAGGAUUCUGACAAGCUGAUGGGAGAGAGGAAUAGGACAGAUUGCAAUAGGAACAGAUGUGUUCGAGUGUCUUGAUCCUUUAACACUGAAGGUGAACUAUUGCUGACUGCCUCGUGGUGUGUUUCCAUCAUUCAGUGCCUUGCUACGUGGGAAUCAUUCCUUACAUCACAGACCAACCUCCACUUGGAAGAAGCCUCUGAAGAUAAACCUUAAUCCCAUUCAGGACUUCCGUUUGAUCUUUGGGAGACAGCACUUAUUAACCAAAGUUACUCUUUUCUGGAUCUGCCGUGUCCCUUAAAAAGUGGAUGAGAAAUGUUUUGUACUAUCUGGAAAACCAACAACUUGAAACCUCAGAUAUUCCAGGUCACUGAAAUGAAUUUGAAGACAUAUCUAUCUGCAUGGGUAUAUAUCUAUAUGUAUAUAGAUAUAUAAAUACAGAGAGAGAUUUUGCUUGGUUUUAAUUAUGUUCUUAAAUUUGUGUGCCAAUCAUUGCAUAUAGAUUUUUUUCUUAGAUAUUUGACUGUGGAACAUGACAUUUUAAAUAUGUUGUAAGGACUUGUUUUAAUAAAAAGUUUAAUAUGAA